AUGAAGAUAGUUCCUUCUGCGUAUUACGAAAGCUUGAAGAGGUAUUGGAGGAGAAGAAGAUACCAACGGCUAAUUAAUGGUGCAAAGAGCAAUAGAAGGAAGCUCAAGAUUGCAAGGCUUGGGGGUGGAACAAGAACAUUAACCUCGAAGGUGAUGAGGUUUAACAUUAAUACUGUUUCGCCAAUUAAGCUCUUGGCGAAGUUGCAUGAUGCCUAUAUUGACAUGAUGAUUCCGUUGGCCAGCAACGUUAAGCUUGGGUACCCAAACAACGUUGAUUUGUUUGGAGGAAAGAGGGUUCCUAAAGGCCGCCGACAGAUUUCCAUGGCUUCUUGCGGUCAGGAAGUCGACGGCAAGUUGGUUUUGGGAAUCUAUAAGAGAAUUGCGUCUUCUCGCUAA